AUGCACGACGCACCAGAGUAUAAACACAGCAGCAGCAGCAGUAGUAGCAGUCGUGACCAGCAGCAGCAGCAGCACCACCAUCAGCUUGGAAGAGCGACAGCAGUCGUCGCGACUGGACCUGGAGGACCAAGGAUAGUACCAACAGCAUCUACGCAUUUACCCACAACCAACCUCAGCAAAACAAACACAUCCUCAAUGGAAUCGAUUGGGCAUAGAAUACACAGACUGGAAAAACGUCUCGAAGAGGAGAAUAAUUCACAUAAUCAUCUAAUGUUUGUUACCGAAACACCAAGUGGUUCAACACCCCGUGUUGGUGACAGAGAUGUACACAUGUCCCUACCACUCGGCAAGAUAAAACGCCCCAGUCUGGGUUUAGUCGUACCCAGUUCAAAUCGCAAUGCACCACAAAAUGAAAUGCACAAAAAACUUAAACGGAUACGCCAGCAAUCUGGUAUUCUCACUAUAAAUGGUCAAAAAUACACGAGUAUUAUGUCCGAUUUAGAGCAUUUAAGUGAUUUGGGUAAUGGUACUAGUGGGAAUGUGGUGAAAAUGCGACACAAACUUACGGGCACAAUAUUGGCUGUGAAACAAAUGCGUAGUACUGGGAAUGACGAGGAGAAUAAUCGUAUACUUAUGGAUCUCGAUGUUAUACUAAAUUCACAUGACUGCCCAUAUAUAGUGCAUUGUUUAGGUUAUUUUGUAAAUAUACCAGAUGUAUGGAUUUGCAUGGAACUGAUGUCAAUGUGUUUUGAUAAGCUGCUAAGACGUUCCAAACAGCCCGUACCCGAGAAUAUUCUCGGUAAAGUCACUGUAGCGACGGUGCACGCCCUGUCAUAUCUAAAGAUGAAACACAACGUCAUACAUCGCGAUGUGAAACCUUCAAAUAUUCUCAUCGAUGAACAAGGAAAUAUUAAAUUAUGUGAUUUCGGCAUUAGCGGACGACUUGUGGAUUCAAAAGCGAACACACGUUCUGCUGGUUGCGCUGCUUAUAUGGCGCCCGAACGAAUCGAUCCGAAAAAGCCAAAAUACGACAUACGUGCCGAUGUUUGGUCCUUGGGGAUAACACUUGUGGAACUCGCUACCGGCCGCUCGCCAUACGAAGGCUGUAAUAUAGAUUUUGAGGUGCUUACCAAAAUUCUAGACCACGAACCACCCAGUCUGCCAUAUGGUGAAGGUUUCGAUUUCAGCCAAGAAUUUCGUGAUUUCGUCGAUAAAUGUCUGACGAAGAAUGUACAUCAUCGACCUAGAUAUCAGGAACUCUUACAACAGCCAUUUUUUCGCUACUACGAUGCGGCUGAUGUGAAUGUGAUUCAAUGGUUUAAGACUGUUGUCGAAUCUGCCGACAUAGAGAUGCAUAGAACUCACAUGCCAAUAACGACAACAACAACCACAGCUACACUCAGAGGAGAUGUAACCGUGAUAGGAAAUAAUAAACAUAAUAAAAUUGCAAUGACAACAAUAUUGCCACCUACAACAGCAACAACCAUAACAGGAACAGCAACGACAAUAAAUCCGAAAAUGCCAGCAGCAAGCACUACACACAUACCCAGCUAUCAGAAUUCGUAUCAUAGCGCCAGCACAGCCACAGCUACACAAUCCACACAGCCACAAAUGCUUGCGUCACGCUAUAAAAAAGACGAUUACCUGCCACAAUAUCCACAUGCGCAAACGCAAUUGUCACACCAUCAUCAUCAUCAUCAUCAUCAACCAUCACAACUACCUCAGCCGAUUGCAAGCUAUUACAACAACAGCAUCGCCAACAAUCAUUUGCAGGGCGAGCGGGGCGGAGGUGGACUCGGUGUUGGUGGUGGCGGCGCUUUAGGCAGUAGUGGUGGCGGUAAUGGCUAUGGCAGUGGUGGCUCAGGCAGCAACAGCGCCAAUAGUAGUAGUCCACAAUCACCGCCGAGCAGCAGUUAUAAAAAUGCAGCUUUCAAAGACGACACGACACACAUUGUCAGUGAGAUGAGCAAGCUGUAUCGUAAAUCACCAUUUUCGCAGCGUAAAUAUAGCAAUGGUGCGAGCUUAAAAUACACCAGCGGUGCAGAGAGUCCCAAAAAGGAGUCAAUGUUCAGUAGUAUAGGUCAAUCGAUUAUACGCAACCUUACCACAUCGCCCUUUAGCCAAAAAAAGCAUCAUACACCGCAGCCACAUCAGGUGGAUCCACUGUGGCGUAUGCCGAAUGUACAUGAGAUGGGCGGCAAUGCUUUCGAUACGUACGAUAGUCCAGAGACAACGAAAACCUUCGCUAUUGGCUCACCAGCAAUGGCGCGCAAGCGUUUUCAAACAGCCUCUGCCACGCCUACACACACAUUGCCGAUAGGUGCAGUUGUAGAAGCGCCAUUGAAGGAGCAACAGCCGUCAUUGAUACCGGUUAAUCGUGGCGAGUUGAAUACGUCGCAACGCGUACCCGGCAAUCAUAGCCCAAUAGUGCUGCAACGUUUUUAUCACCAACAAAAUCAGCUGCGCGAAAAAGAGCUGGAAAAGCGUAAGGAACAACAAAAGCAAACCACAAAUCCCUUUCUCGCCGGCAAUUAUCAGUCAACAACAGCUGCUAACGUAUCAGCGAAUACGUCUUUUCAGUAUACUAGCGGCAACCAACAACAACAGCACCAUCAGCGUUACCCACAACAACAAACGCACCAACAACACUUGCCACUAACCAGCGCUGCCUCCUCAUCACAUUCAACUUCUAGUCAAUCAUCCACUCAAUCCUCAUCCUCACAAAUCGCUAUGAGCGAUUAUUAUGAACAACAACAACAGCUGCGUUCGCCACCUACAAGCGCGCCACCGCCACCUCCGGCGGUGGCAUCAUCAUCAUCAUCGUUAUCAUCACAACAACAACAGCCAACAGCUUUCGGCACGAGUCCCAGUCAGUUGCAAUAUCAGCCGUUGCCACAACACUACUUACCGUUGAAUGAGACGGCGGUACGUAGCUCGCGUUCGCCGCCCACCUCGCCGGAGCAAGUGUCUUCGGAUGGUGGUGUGAGUGGCAGUGGCAGUGGCGGUGGCGGUGGGAUGGCGAGUAAGUUGAGUAAAUUGUAUGCACGUCGACAGUGGCAGACGACAACAGCGGCCACCAUACCAACACAUACAGGCGUUGAAGGUGUCGUUGGUGGUGCAGGCGUUGGCUUGGGAGGCAAGGAUUAUAGGGACGAGCAUGGCUGGUUUAAUACACUUGCCGGCGCCAUGAAGCGUCAAUUUGCCUCUUAUGUUAAAUUACAAUUGCAUUCUGCAGCCUCACCAUCAUCCAGUGGCGUCGUCAGUCAGCAGCAUGAGGGUGUUGGUGGUUAUGAGGGCGCUUUGCCACCCAGCGCACAACCUAGCAAACCGACUUUAGCCUAUUAUCGUACACUCUCAGCGGGUAGUAGUAGUAAUACGAGCAACAGUACUUCGCCCAUAGAGGCGCCAACAAAAGCGGGCAGUCAGGCGAACACCACCAGUGACUUUUAUGAUGGCACAAGCGGUUUUCUGCGUCGUUAUGCAGCGGCUGGUGCCAGUGGCAUGACCGGCGGCACAUCAAAUGCGCAUUUGCUCACCGGUUUGGAUCGUCGGCAUCGCAGCCCAGAUCCCCCACCGCGCUACAAUCGCGGUCAAUCGCCAUUGCUGUUGCGCAAACAGUUGCUGGAGUUGAGCGGCCAACCCCCUGGCGGUUCUCCACUACUCAAUAGACGAUACGUCAACGCUUCACCACCGCUACCACCACCGCGUCGCGGAUCGGAAAGUGUACCCGGUUCACCGCAACAUUUCCGCACACGCAUACAUUACACACCCGAACCACAACGGCGUAUAUAUCGUACGAUCGACCAAUGAGUAGCGUUGCAAAUAAUGCUUAUGUGAUAUUGGUAUGGCUUUGAGGAGAAUGCGAGUGGUGAGACGGGCAGUAUUGGCGCUGGCACUGGUGUGGGCGGCAUUGGUGUAUGCGCAACCACGCAGGAUGAUGCGGCAUUGUUGGUAGCGCCUCACGCCGCUACACGUAGGCGCCUGCUGCCUACACGUUUUAGCGUCGACAGCAGUGGCGAUGCGUUGCAUACACAACUGGCGAGCGGCGCGCCACCCAUCACCACCAGCCCGACAGUGGAUCGUAUGACUGCUUCGGAUGUAGCGGAUGUGUUGGCGCGUGAACGUGACUUAUGGCGUUUGCGACGCGGCGACGAGUAGCAGCAGCGUCUGCGCAUUUGUGUCUUUUUUUGGAACGGUCAGUUGUUGGCUCGGUCGUUCGUUGGUGUUUCAGUUGGAAUUUUGUGAUUUUCGUUGUUAAGCUUAUAGUGGCUAUGCUGUGCUAUGUUUGUGUAAAUGUGUAUGCGUAACAAGUGUGUUCAUAUGUGAGAAAAGUGUGGCAGCACAAAGGCUUUUAGUCAGGCAUUCAUGUAAACGGUGCAAUAGAUCGGUAACCACCACAAUCUAACCUCACCUGUUAUACACAUAUAAAUAUGUAUUUGGAACCGCAGCGGCGAUUUUCGGCAAAAAUAAACUAACAGUAACGAUAAUAACUUUGAAAAGUGUUCAAGCGAUGUUGAAAGUGUAUUAAAGUUAGGAAAAAAAAGUUUUUACAAAAAUUUAAAAUAAAUGAAUUAAUUGUCACAUUAAUUAAUGUAAGCAAGAAAAAAUUUUUGAAAAACUUUUUCGAAAUCAGUUUUAAAUGCUUAAAAACGCCUGAAAAACUUUUGACCACUCAAAAAAAUUUUUUCUUCACAGGCUUCUAUAUUUUUCAAUGAUUUCCUGAAAAUUCAUUGGAAGUUUGUUUCACAACGUUUAAUUUUUGUCUUCAACUAUUUCGAACUUGUGUAAAUAACUAAAUAUAAUUGUGUACUGUUUUGUUAGCUUAUCAGCAUCUGUGUUAACGUUUUCUAAAGUGGUAUAAAACUGGCAUAAUUUUUGGAAACCAUUAUUUUAUGAUUUAUUCACUUUUAGUUUGUUUUUUUUUUACAACAUUUCUUGUUUUUUUAAA